CCUAUCGGUAUCGAACAAUCAAAGAUUGUUAUUUAUUUUCAUUACUUGCUCGCUGCUAAAAUGGGCGGUCCCGAAUUACCAACAGAUCCCGGGGAGGAGCACACUUUUCAAGCGCCAGCAGUUGAGCAUCCACAGAUUGGCGAUCAAAGCGAUGAUAGCGACAACUCGCAUGCCUAUGAUGACUACCAGCCGCUGGCAACAGAUGCCGACGAUGCGAGCGUUCUGCCAAACGAGAUUAUGAAUCAUUGUGAGGAUAAUGAUGGGGAUAUCGAUUUGAUGACCGCCGAGGUGAUUUACGGUGAUCCCAAUAUGCCUUCAAUUGAGAGUGCCGAUGCGGAAAUCGAGCGUCAAGUGUGGAACGAGCCGCGACCGCAGGAGCUCCAAAUGGAACUGGACAAAAUGCGCACCGAGCAGAUACUCAAAGCCAUGUCGAAGAUAACAUUGCCAAACGUGACAAUACCGGACUGGGCCAAGGGUGUUCCCGAGGAGCGCUGGAAGCUCGAGUUGCUGGAGCGCAUCCAAACGCGGAAGGGGACACCGGACAAAGCAGAGGCAGCUGCUGAGCAGCCAACAAAAACUGAAUAAUGCAUAUACACACAUAACGAUAUAUAUAUAUAUAUUUAUAGUUGAUAAGCUAAGCAAAAUGUUUUUGUUUUUAUUAUUAUUAAAUUAGACUCUCAAAA